AGCACUUCCUCGAGGAAGAGACGCGAGAGCGCGCCCUGCGGCCAUGCGUAUCGAGGGGAAGCGAAAAGACGGAAGAAAGGACGUUGAAUAAACUUGCCAACUUGUAGCUGACUUGUUUGAUACAUCGAUAUAUGUAUAAUGUCACAGAGGAAGGAGUGACUUAUUUCGGUCCAUGUUUGAUUUGCUCUGAGGCCCCGUCCGUCCGCAAUCAGUCACCGCCCUCUCAACUCUGUGCUCGCCACACGACACGACCAGGACUCCGGCAGUUUUCAAAAAGCCGCUGCACUUGCUCCGCCGACCCGGAGUGAUCCACGGUUUACAAUAUUACAAUCAUCCAGGUGUUUCUAAGUGUUGUGAAAGACACUACACUGAAUUAACAACACACUUAUCCAGCUCGCGGGCUCUGUGGGACUCCAGCCCUCUCUCCUUGUGGGAAAAGUUCUCGGUGUUUGUGUCUGUUAGCCAGGCGGGCCUACUGCGCCGCCGAGGAGGCUGCAUGUGUGAGGACUGUAGCUGGCGUGGAGCGACUCACACAGAAGGAGCCAGCCUGAACACCCGGAAACAUGUCGGCCCAGGCGCAGAUGAGAGCAAUGCUGGACCAGCUCAUGGGGACGGGGAGAGACGGUGAGUGGGACUUGUCCGGCGGGUCCAGGACAACACGAGUUUGUGAUGUUGCUAGCAUUAGCCUGGAAGCUAACCAGUCCCGCAGACUGUAAGAGUGAGGCAUGCUUACCAACGAGCUAGCUUACAUGAGGGUGACCAGCCAGCUAAGCUACCUGUUGUUGGGUUUGAAAUGACAGGGCAGGUGAAAGUGUCACCAUACUUUUCCUACAGAAACACGUAGAUGUUGCAGACAGCCUCUAGACGAGAGUCACACCGUGUAAUAUCGUCUUAGUGGCUCUGUUCCAGAUGUUGUUCACUUAUCAAACUCUAUCCAAGCUGCUGCUGCUGCUGGGGAUGUUACAGAUGUGUGACUCAGUCAUACAAGGUUGAACCUCAGUGAUUUAGUCCCUUUGAGCUCAGAUUUCUGGAAUUAUCAGCACUUGGACAGCAAAAUAUUCACUGUUAUUGGGGGGAACUGGCUGAUAUAAAGAUCAAACCUCAAAAUUAGAGGGAUAUUCCGUAAAAUUCAUUUAGGUCAAACACAUCAUAACACAGAGUUAGAUACCCCCUCGAGAGAUGAAUGUUGCCAACCACUUGCUUCUCUAGUUAUACCAACUUUAGUAACAACUGCACAAUAGCAGUACACAGCAGUCUGAAGAGCCAUAAACAAACCUCAACCAAAACGCCACUCUAUAGCCACAAAUAAUGCUCAGAACAGCACCUAACUUCAUCAACAGUACAUAUAGGGUCCUAGCCAUAGGACUGGCCACCAAACAUCUUUUUAACUUUGCCUGAUUUCUUUAGCAAAGAGACUAAACACAACUCACCCACUCUCUUCCAGCAGCUGCUUGUUUGUGGCGAGACCUCAGGCCAGUCCAUUAUGGACUACUGUGGGGUGACGCAGCUCAAGGAAGAACAUUUAUGAUCAUUUCCUUGAAGUAAUAAUCACCAUUUUAAUCAUUUUACACUGCAGAUGCGGUAGUUCUUCUGCCUUAGUGUCUUGGUUUGAUUGCAUUUCCAUGAAGAAAUGCGUUCAUUACUAAAGUUGGUAUAACUACAGAAGCAAGCGGUCAGCAACAUUCAUCUCUCAAAGGGGUGUCUAACUCUGUGUUACGGUGUGUUUGACCCUAAAUUAAUUUUACUCUGGAAUAUCCCUUUAAGUCUCUUUACAUUGUUCUAUUUUUCUUUCACUAGGAGAUACCAUGAGACAGAGAAUCAAGUUUACAGAUGAACGGGUCUGCAAAAGUCAUCUCCUAGACUCUUGUCCGCAUGACAUUCUGUCUGGCACUGUAAGUACCAUCUUUGUAUGCGCCUUUUCACACAAAUUGCAGUCAAAACGAUGUAAACAGUUGUCAGUGUCAGCUGAUGUUUGGUGAAGAACUUCUGCCUGUUGUUGUCUGUGUAUAACUGGAUAUAACGUGAAGCUUUUGAAUUAGUAACUGUCUGUUUAGAUUGAAGGACUACGCUUUGAAUGAAGAGAGAUAGCAGUUCCAACAUGAUUGAUUUGAUGAGGCCAAGUUUUUUAUGAUAACAAAAAAAGGAGGGGAGGUCAGACUUAAACAUUGUUGAAGGUAAAAAGAGUCAUGGCCACAAAAAACUAAGGUACACUGUGUUGAAGAAUUAAAAAGCCUUUAAUGAAUGAGCUUAAGUGCCUACGUGUUUCAACUUCAUCGGGGCAUUUAAAGUUUCUUGUACUGACUUUAUCUACUUUCUUUUAAAUUUAGUAUCUUGUUUAUUUCCAAUACAUUAAACAACACACUACCGUGUGAUCACACUUAGUUCCUUCAGUAGUAAGUCAUAGUUCUAUAUUGAUGCAUUACAAAAAAAUGUUAAAGACUUGGCCUUAACACUUUGAUAUAAAAAACACAGAUCUAAGACUUAAAAAGUCAGGCAAAUAUGAAGUGUUUACUUUUCUCAACCUGCAGAGAAUGGACCUCGGAGAGUGUAUGAAGGUUCAUGACUUGGCCCUCAGAGCGGACUAUGAGAUUGCCUCGAAGGAGCAAGAGUACUUCUUCGAACUCGACGUGAGUCAUUCUAACACACACGCUCAAUGUACUUGACUGGUUCGAAGGUGCUGUCAGGUCUCCUAUACGUGCCGACGUCUCUGUAAACUCACUGAAGCAGAAUAAAGGUGAGGUUGAUUCGCCUUUAAGCCAGCUGUGUAAAUUUGCACUAUGCUUUAUGAUAUGACAGCAUCGACAUGUAAAGACAACAUAACAGAAGAGCUGUAGCAGUCAGUCAAGUUAAGCAUCACACCAGAUCUCUAUGUCAGCCUACAGAGGUGUCAUGUUUUACUCGGUACGCUCUGGCUGUUAACAGGAUAUCAAAAACACUGUUAUUUUUCACCAUAUCAUGUUACCGUAUAAAAUAUCUCAAUCAGCUUGUGAGUUAAACUUAGCUCGGUUUACAUCCCCUGCAUGAGAGUGUCAGACAAACACUAAUUUUUGACAUUACGCUUCGGUGUUUUAAGUGGAAGGGAAGACCUUUGUUUAAACCUCUGGACUCUGCUCUGGAUAAACAAUUUCUCUGUGGGACAUGAAACUGAAGGGUCACGUGGAAAUAUGUUUCGGAAAGGUUACAGGUUUUUUUUGUGUCGCUUCUGGAACCUCCAAACCCAUGACACGAGUUCUUGACUUAAGUUGAACCUUAAAUAUUGACCCCUGCUGUAUCAGUUAGAAAAAAUGCGACAUUUAGAGGAAAUCAGGUUUGUUGAUCAAACAUGAGCAGAGCUUUGGGACAUUGAUCCGUGUUUAUUAGUUCUGUCUAAUCGCAACAAGACUAAUGAGCAGUGGUUUAAAACUCACAGGCAAAGUAUAACCCAGGCUGAACUAUCCCCUUUGUCACUAUUAAGUCAACAGUAAUGGAGCAAAUUUUUCAUCCUCAUAGUCCCACAUUGAGCCUCAAUACCUGCCAGUUUUAUCAAUACACAGCCUGACAUGAACUGCAUAUUAUAGAGAUACUGCUCUUAAAUCUGCAAUUAAUUUUAAUUUCAUUUAUCAUUACUUCCCUUAAUCUUAGAAAUAGCUCUUCUGUUACUUCCCCUUUCCGCUGCACAGUUAAGAUUUAUCGAGGGGGACAAUGCUGCUGUCAUGUCACACCAAGAAUAGCAAGUUAGAUGACAGUAAACUAUUCAGAGUCUGACAAAGUGUGAGUGAGAUGGCAUCCAUUCAGAAAAUAACAUCAGGGUUUUUGUCUCCUCCACUUUUCCCCCAAUAAUGGGCUUGUUGCGAAAGAAAGGAUGAUACGGGAAAAAAAUCAAGAAUUUAAACUGAUUCCCCCAAUUUUCAGUCAUUUCAGAGCAGCCAUUCCUGUUUCAUGAUUAUAGCGUGUACAUCAGUCACCUAACGCAGCACCUCACACCUCCUCUCAUGUCCUGAUGGUUUCAGCAGCAGCAGCUGACUGUGUGUCUGCCCGAGUUUAAAGUCAAAAGUCAUGUGCCGCUUGAGUUUUCAAGCAUUUUUCACUUCAUUUCAUUUAUUCUUUAUUUCAUUCCUUCAAAAAUAAAAAGAAACAAUUUAAUUUAAAUACAAACGUUCUCCUAUCUGAAAUAAUUAAUCUUUUAAAUGUAAUGUUUGACUUGGAUUCUUUGAUGUCUUUUUUCAGAUUGUUCUAUAAACUGAUUCCUUUUACAGAAAAACAACGCUCCAUCAAUUUAGUCCUGAAUCUUGGUUUUUUAAAGAUCUCUAUCCUUUUUAAAUUAUACUUGCUUUCUCUUUUUUCAAAUCUUUUCUGAAUAUUGAUUGGCAAAAAAUUUUCAUGAACUUUCAGCAUAAUUUGCAGGAUACUAUAAUCUACUAAUUCAUGAAAUUUCAACGAUUUUAACUUAAGGAAUAAUGGAUUUGUUGGAUCUCUAUAUCGUUUUCUACUGAUUAUUCUUAUUGCUCUUUUUUGCAAAAUGAAAAUUGACUGAUAUCAGAGUUAAUUUUCUGUUUGUUUAUGAGAAAUGCAGUAUUUAUGUUUUGAAGUACACUUGCAGGAAAAACCUGGAUACACGGAUUUUGUUUUUCCCACAGGCUGCUGAACACCUUCAGUCCUUCAUCGCUGACUGUGACCGCAGGACUGAGCUGGCCAAGAAGAGACUAGCGGAGACGCAGGAUGAGAUCAGCGCUGAGGUGGCUGCAAAGGUGACAAAAUCCCCCUUUUGCAUUUUUUGUGAUGCAUUUAAUCGUCAUGAAUCAUGAGAUCUGUCUGCUAUUACAUCUCAAGUAUAAUUACUUCUUAUCUCUGUUUCCUGGACACUGUAAGGCUGAACGUGUGCAUGAGCUGAAUGAAGAGAUCGGGAAGCUUCUGGCCCGGGCAGAGCAGCUCGGAGGGGAAGGGAAUGUAGAUGAAGCCCAGCAAGUGUUGGAAAUGGUGGAGAAGACCCGGACCUUGAAGAAGGAAGCAGAGGUCAAAAAGUGAAAAUUUUAUCGUGUGAUGACUGCAUCAAAUGAAAAAGCUGAUUUUAUUUUCCACGAGUCAUUGUCUGUAACCUCAGUAGAUAAACAGUGUCUCACAGAGAGCGUUCAAACACCCUCAUUUGUUUUUUGUUGUUUCUGGAGUAAGUACGCUCUUGUUCAGUUGUCUCACUCUCUUUGUUUCUACAGGACGUGUACAGAAACUCGAUGCCGGCCUCCAGCUUUCAGCAACAAAAACUACGGGUAUGUGAGGUGUGUUCUGCCUACCUGGGUCUGCAUGAUAAUGACCGGCGACUAGCUGACCACUUUGGAGGAAAGCUGCAUCUAGGCUUCAUUGAAAUCCGCGAGAAGCUUGAAAAGCUGAGGGUAAGAACUGAUGAUACUGGUGUGAUGCAUUGUGUUUAAUGGUUGUUGUAAUUCACCUGAGAGAAUUUUUUUCGACCUCUUAUCCCAGAAUUACAAAAUAAGGAUCUCAAAAUUGCAAUAUCUGAAUUUGUUUUUGGUUUGAGAUGCAGAGUAAUAUUUAACAAAGCUCUGUGAGGAUGGAAUUAAUGUAAGUACAUGAACACUGCACAAGCCAACGUGUCGAGCACAAAGCACCUUGGUAUGCAGUGAAAGUGUUGUUGUUUCAAUGUUUUGAAUAGAUGCAAAAGAAACACAUCCUUACACUCAGUCACACACAACUGUUUCUUUUUGCCACAACCCUUUAACAUCACUUUAAUUGGGCCUCAAACAAACAUACAGUCAUGUGAUUCAGCAGCAAAAUUAGAGGCAAAGAUUAGAAACUUAUCUUUUUUUGAUGUUUAGCGUACUGGACAGUAAUUAUUAGAUCUGCCUGAGGAUGUCCGCCUGAACAAUUCUAAUGACUUCAGAUACUUAGAUCAUUUCCAUUCCCACUUCUGAGCAUUUAUUCAUAUCUCCCAGUGUCUCAAACCGAAAAGGAAAUAGAAGCAGAGAAAUUCCAGUAGUGCAGUUUUUGCUCUCUCUCUCUCUCUGCCCUCCAUCAUUACCUCAAAAGGGGUCUAAAAAGAUUUUUUUGAGAUGAUCUCAGUGCACCACCAAACGUGUUUUGUGAUUAAUUUCCAGUCAUAGAACAUAAGCAGCCAGUGUUUUCACUCACUUCUUUAUAUUUUUUUACUCACCCAGAAAGCAGUUGUAGAAAAACAAGAAAGAAUGCGAAUGAGAAGACGAGAGGAACGUGAAAAAGAAGACGAAAGAGAGCGACAGUGGGAGCUGGAACGGGAACGGGAGAGAGAGCGGGAACGAGAGCGAGAAUGGGAGCGGGAACGGGACAGGGAGAGGGAGCGAAGAAGGUAGGAGAGUUUGAUUUCCACAGGUAUUGUCUUCAAAUUAAAAGGAUUGAAUAGAGACUGAAACUUUCUGUUUCUUCCAUCAUAGGUCAAGAUCUAGAAGUGGAGAUAGAUAUAGGUAAGUCUGCUUUGACAACUUCAUAAGUUCAAAUAUAAGUGAGCGACUAGUAAUUUUACACAACAUACUCCAGUCCAUUUUACUACAUGUAAAAGCACAUCAUAGAAAUUUGCUGUCGAAGUAAUACGUCCAUAAAAUAAAUCUUACAGAGAUGGAGGCAGUUCGUCUUCUCAUCGUUCGAGGCGUCACCGCUCCUCUCGCUCCAGAGAAGAAGGCGGAGAACGUGAUCGGGAGAGAGAGAGGGAGAGGAAACAUCGUCACAAGGACAGACAUCGCUCACGCUCCCACUCUCACAGACGUAAAAGGAAGAGGUACGGCCUUGAAAAUUCUCUUGAAUGUGAACAAUCCUAACAAGAGUAGUGGCGUUUACUCACUUUUCAAACAGUACAGAGGAACAAAGUGAAGGCUGGCAUGUUUAAUCUUUUUCCAGUUAGUCCUCAGCUCUAGAAAAACAACCUUUGAACUGUUUAGUUCUUCUAUGGAGCUCAGUUUUUUAUUCCAGAUGCAUUCACAGAUAUCAGGAAAUGGUAAAUGUGGCUGGUUCCUGCAACACUAAGACAUGAUUAGCUGCACUUGCAUGUAAGUGUCUGUUCAUGCAGCUGUAUAAAUGAUCAUCAGACCGCUGCAGAGGUGUGGUUCAGCCUGACUGUCUCUCCACACAGACUGUUUUUCAUACUCAUGCUAAAACCUGCUGAUGAACAACAUGUCAACACUUGGACUAUAGUCAGGUGACUCCUAAAAAAUUCUAACAAAAGGUUUCUCAGCUGUUUUUUAUAGUAUUAGAUGUUCUUAAUAACAUAUUCAAAGUCUACCAAAGUUUGACCACUAGAAAGGUGUCAUUUUCAAGAUGGUAGGGAGGCACCCCGGUGAAUAGGGUAAAAUUUUGAACUAACAGAUAUCACCAUGAAACUUCAGAAGUUUAUAACUUACAUUGAGACAAAUAUUUUUUGUAUUACAAGUUUUGUCAAAUAUUAUGUUUGAAUAUGUAAAUGAGGUAAUAUCCAAUUAAAUAUGCACUAAUUUGCAAACAUUUCAAGAACUGAAAACUGAACAACUUUCAAAAUUCUUUUUUUAUUUUGUUGACAUACUACAGUCAGAAGGGCGGGAGGAGGGGACUAAGGAUGUUUCUUUUUAUCACUCUGUAAAUGAGAAAAUACUCUCACCACCCCGAAGAUUUUAAAAAUCACCAUGUGGUUUUUUUCAGGUCCUUAAAAUGACCAUUACUCCUUUUUAUUCCUUCUAGACCGAAAAUACUGGCACCUGAUCUGUGUUUUGACCAUGUAGACAUUAGACAGGCCUCCUCAUUUCCUGUUUUUAAAUCCCUUUUAAAAACGCACUUUUACUCAUUGGCUUUUAGUACAUUGUAGUGUUAAUUUGUUUUUUAUCAUCUUAGCACUUGCCGUGAGCCUCCUUAUUUAUACACUUAUUUAUUCUUUUGCAUUACUGUAUUUCUGCUUGCUUUAUCUUGUUCUUUGAUUGUUAUAUUUGUUUUUAUGUGUCACUGUACAGCACUUUGGCUACCCUUGUGGUUCUUUUAAAUGUGCUAUAUAAAUAAAGUUGAUUGAUUGAUGUAAUAUUCUAAUAAGCAUAUUUGUGGGAUAGAUAAGCGAUUACAAGGACAGUUUAAGGACCUGAAAAAAACAUGUGAAGGUAUUUGAAUUUUUAGGGGUGGUGACAGUUUUCUUGCCCUGUUUUCUUAACCCAAAGCGAUUGCAGGCAAUAGCAUGAACACCUUUAUUUUCCUUUUGUUAUUUCAUGAUGUAACACAUCCAAGCUUGACCUGUUUUUUUUUUUUUUUUUUUUUAAACUUCAGGUCAUCAAGGGAGAGAUCAUCUCACACCAGAGAAAGAGAGCGCUCCCAGUCUCAGGAGAAAGGUGGAGAGGGUGCACCGGAGGCGUGGCGCAAUGACAGGGAGGAGAGCAAAGACUGGGAGGACCGAGAGCGGUCCCCUAUAGCAGACACAGCCACGGGCAGAGAACGAGAGAGAUCCCUCUCCUUUGAGCGGGACCGACGCUCCAGCUCUGAGGAACGAGAGUCUGGCGAGAUAUGACCCGGACGUUACCCUCCAAAGUCUUUAAUUUGGAUUUGUCAUUUAGUGACAUGGAGCAUGGAAAGAUGAGUGUAUGUGUGCGAGUGUGUUUCAGCUUCGUAUGUGAGUUUGUGUCAAGAGCGGGACAUGUACAUUAGCUGGGGUGGACUUUUGGAAGUUAACUUGGGAAUGAGGGAUCAACUUCAGUGGUGGUGGUCAAGAAAACAUGCAACAAACUUUUAUAAGCCUUUGCAUCGUUAUCCUAGUGUGAUCUGGAAGCAGUCAAGUCAUUUUUUUAUUUCAUGAUGUCGAUUUUACGUAUAGUUUCUUUUACUGUGAUGAGAGGAGAGGGAGUAAGGAGACACCAGCCCUACUUAGGAAUCUUUUUUUUUUUUUUUUUUCUAAUUUUGCUCACAUCAAGUGCUGUUAUUUUUCCUCUUCAUGUUCAUUAAGAUAUCUUAUCAGUUUCUGUAUUUCUGGAUUCAUCUUACACAGGUUUGGGUCUUUAGUGUGACAGUCCUUUGAGUAAUCUUUGGAAUAAGUCGUGAGUUGCUGAAGGCACUUAAGAUGUUUGUCUUUUAUCUGCUGCCUACAAGCCAUAACAAUCUCAUCUGGAAAAUUUGAUACAUAUCCUCGUGUCUGUCCUUCAGUUUAGAUGCAGUGAUAAGCUGGUACUUUGAAAAUAAACUCACGUGUUCCCCUGAGAGAAGUCCUCCAAAUGUUUCUUGACCCUCCAUCACAUACAGAUGAUUUCUAUCUAUGCUCUGAUCCUUCUAUCCUCACACUGGAAGGCCUGGAUACCUGUGUCCUGUUUGCUGUGAUACGGUCUGGUUGUACGGGGGAGGGGGAGUCUUCUUUGCUGUGCCAUCAUUAUGUGAAUAAAAGUUUCUGCUUCCAUUCAAAAACA